AUGCAGCCUUGAACCACACACUCUCAAAACGACCAACUUCUCAUUCCAUCCUCUUCACCUCACCAGUUUACUUGUAAUUACACAACAUACAGUAUGUCUGAUUCCGAUAGUGAAUAUGAACAAGGAGUGACCCUUGAGGACUUGGAAGGCUCAGAUACUGAGAUGCUCUCGGGCGACGAGGAAUCACCCGUAGAUAUUCUUACAACACAACGAGUUACAAUCAACAAUGAGCCAGCAUUGAAGCGUCUACAUGAGCAAAUUGCACUUCCAAGCAAGAUCCCUUGGUCCGAGACUCAAUCCAUCACAUCGACACAGGCCAUCAACAUCGCCGACCCAGACGAUGAUCUGACUCGUGAGGUCGCAUUCUACAAUCAAGCCCUCGAGGCCGCUGUCCUUGGGCGAGAGAGGAUAAAGAAGGAAGGUGGAGUGUUUGAAAGACCUGGUGAUUAUUUUGCAGAGAUGAUCAAAUCAGAUGAACAUAUGGCCAAGAUCCGUCAAAAACUUUUGGAUGAAAAUGCUUCUAUCCAAGCAAGUGAACGGGCAAAGGCUCAAAGAGAUCUCAAGAAGUUUGGAAAGAAGGUCCAAGCUGAGAAGAGACUUGAAAGAGAGAAGGCAAAGGCUGACGCUUUGGAGAAGAUUAAUACACUAAAGAAAAAGCGUCAAGGUAACAACGGUUCUACUGGCAAGGAUGAAGAUGAUUUUGAUGUGGCAUUGGCAAGUGACGAUGAGGAAAUGAAGGCAUACAAAUCAGCAGGCGUAAACGCAGUCCAGAAGGGAGGCAAUAAGCGUAAAGCAUCCUCAACGCCAGACUCCAGGAACAAGCGUCUAAAGAAAGAUCAAAAGUUUGGAUUCGGAGGAAAGAAGAGACAUAUGAAGAGCAACACUGCUGAUAGCUCCGCUGAUAUCUCUGGAUUCAGUACCAAGCGCAACAAAUCAACCUCUUUCAAAUCAGGACACAAGGCCACAAAACCUGGUGCUAAGAAACGUCCAGGAAAGGCUCGUCGCCAGAAUGGAAGGAAGUAAAAAAAAAUAAAAAUAAAAAAAAAUAAAAGGGC